AAACAUUCCUUCGAAUCUUCACGGCGCACGCGUCCCGCGUUUUUCUAGGUUGACGAUGAGUUCAACCUCUUCCCCUGCCGGACCACGUCGCUCUCAACGCGACAAGAAACCGGCUAAACCAAUCACAACCGUUACCGAACCUUCUACCACAAGUCGCAAAAGGAAACAUGCGGAUACGGACAAUGAGGAGCUUGUUGGAGCUAGCGAUCAUCCUCCAGGGCAGGAUGAUGAUAGUGAUGCGAACGAAGUCAACAUGGAAGGCUCUGACAGUAGUAUGGAUGAAGAUGAGCGACCGCGAAAGUCAUUAAAGAGAAAGAAAGGCGCGCUAGCCAAAAGACCGCGAACAGCAGCUUCUUCGACGCGUAAGCCCAAGGCCCCACGCGUACCAAAAGAUUCCGCCGCCACAAACUCCAGGAAACGCGCCAACGUAGCCCCUAAUGCCCCCUUUGAUCCAGCCUCCAUAACAAAAGUUACCAACAUUUCUUCCGAUAAUCCUUUGUUCAACGCCAUCUUGAAUCCAAAUGCCGCUCUUCAAGGAACUGUGGAAGACUAUCUCGAGUCUCUUCAUCAAGACGAGAAUCAAGCUCUAGCUGAACUAGUCAACAUGAUCCUACGAUGUUGCGCAUGCAACGACACUAUUGACGGUGACACUGCGGUAGAUUACGAUGGGGUGGUUGACCGUCUGGAUGAUAUGGCGGAAGAGUUGAAGAAGAUUACUUCCCCCGCUGGAACAUAUCCGUUAAUAUCUAAAGCUUCACCGUUUCACGUCGCAAAACCCAAAUAUUCUUUCAGAGCAAGCCUCUCAGAAUUUAUUUCGCGUUUGAUGAAUUCUUCUGCCCUGUUUGGCUCCAUUUACAACAACCAGCUCAUCGAGACGCUUCAGGUCUGGCUGGUGCCCAUGUCGUCAUCUCAAAUACGUUCGAUACGACACACUUCGACAGUCAUUGCUUUGGAGGUUGAAGCCGCGCUCUGUCAAGUCGCGAAAGAAGUCGAGAAGGAGGUUGAACUCACAGGAAGAAUGAAAGAAGGUGAAAAGAAACGGGCUCGUAACAAAGGAAACACGACAAGUAGCGCUAAGGGGAAAGACAAGGAGCUUGACGCGAAAUUGCACGAAACUCAAGAGAGGCAGAAAAAGCUCGAGGAGUUCAUCAAGGAAUUUAUCAAUGGUGUUUUUAUCCACCGAUACCGCGACCUCGACCCUCUAAUCCGUACAGAAUGUAUCUCAUCACUCUCCACGUUUUUCGAAACUUUACCUUCUCACUUCUGUACCGGCUCCGAUUACCUACGUUAUGUUGGUUGGGUAUUGUCAGACCCUGCAGCAUCUGUUCGUCUGGCUGCAGUAAAAGCUCUGCAGGUAGUUUAUGAAGGUGCCGGAGCCGGAAGUGGGUCCAAAAAAAAGAAGGGUGGCGGUGAAGCGGUGGUAAUUCCUGCCCUACGGCACUUCACAACACGUUUCCUUCCAAGACUGUUGGAAAUCGCCCGCUUUGAUGUUGAUAUAGGAGUCAGGGUAGCGGUCAUGAACGUUUUAGGAUCUGUGGACGAACUCGGUAGGUGUUCUUUGAGACGUUCACAAGUCUACCUGCUCAAGCUGCCUUUAGCCUUACUUCCUGAAGAUGAUCGCAACCGGCUGGGGACUUUGGUGUUUUCAGACGAAAAUCGUGUAAGGAAAGGCGUCGGUCGAUUUGUCAGUGGUGUAUGGGAGGAAUGGGUGGAAGAAAAAUUGGGGGAGGUCGAGGCGCAACCCUCGAGACCACACGCCUCUAAUGGACGGGGACGAGGUAGAGGUAGAGGUGGAGCUGUCGGUAACAAAGGUCGAAACGCGAGCACGAGCGACGUUGAUCGAGAUAAAAUCGGGAUAAAGGGUUUAGCCCGUUUGCUCGUUCGGUGGGGACGUGCGCUCGAUCACGAACAUCGAAAGAAGUCAGCUUCCCAGGAAGAGCAGGAGGAGGAUGAGGAGGAUGGUAGUAGUGAGGAGCAAAACCCAGACGUGGGCGAUAUUGGCAUAGGUCUCGGUGCUAGCGACACGCGAGGAAUUGCUCCAGCUCUGGUGACACAUCCCGGGAAGACGAGCGAUGUCACCACACGUGGACGCUUAGGUUUGGCUGUUGAGGCACUCUGGGAUGACAUGGAUGUUGUGAGAGAUUGGGCAGGUAUUUUGGAUAUGCUUAUACUGGAUCAUAGUGCCUCAGGUCCCAACGAUGCAUCUGACAAAAUUCGAAGUACUCGCAAGGCAGGUAAGAUGUCGUCCAUGAAGAAAAGAGGUAAACAAAUGAACGGGAAUGCGGAACAACAAGACGGAAGCGGGGACGACGACGACGACGACGACGAUAGCACAUCAACCAGCACCAGAGUCGAUCAAUCGUGGAGACUUAGUGAAGCAGAGGAGGGCGCUUUGCUUGAAGUUUUGGUGGCCUCGUUGAGGCGGACGAGGAAGGACGAUGAUUCUGCUUGGGAACCCAUUACCCAAGCCCUCAUCAAAGCUCUUCCCCGUCUCUUCAUCAAGUAUCAGACCGAUGAAAUUCGCAUAGUCGAUGUUCUGACAUUGCCGACAUUGAUGAAUCUUGAAGUCUACCUUGAAAUGAGGGAGACAAACGCUUAUCUUUCUCUAUGGACCGACAUCUCAAAACAAUUCCUCACCCAUACCUCCUCCUACGUCAUCACUACCGCCGCACAGACUAUCAUAUCUCAUUUACUUGCCAACACUACAUUGUCCCAUGUCAACAGUGAGCAAAUCCUAGGCUUAGAAGACGAGCUUGCAAGUUCCCUCCGCGACGCCGUUGCAGGUCCUGUGCCACCUACUUCCUCGCCAACCGGAAACGGGGAAUCUUCCUCAUCUCGAAUCACCCGCGACAUAGAAAUUUGUCAUCUUACUGAAGAUGAGGUCUCGGCCUUAACUUCGGUGAUCUUCCGCUUAAGAACUCUGGCUGGGCAUCGGGAUAUGUCGUCUUGGAUGGAAGACAAUGAGGGUGGUAAACACAGUAGUGCUUGGGAUAUUUUAUGUGCAGUAUCUGAAAGAGCUAGACUCAGUGUGGGUGGUGAAGGCGAGAUGCUGGAACAAAGUCUUCAACUAUUGACUUUAUACAUCAUGUGGAAGAGCCGGCGCCUACUUUCCAUUGCCGGCGUUUCCACUUCUACGGAAGAUGUGCAAGAUCGGGAACAACUAAUCAACCAGCGAGAUUCUCAUGUGGAUAAGUUGAUUGAAUACGCGGUCGGUACCCAAGUGCAAGGUAAUGGCAUCGUUGAAGGUGUCAAACGAGUGGCGUUCAAAAACCUUCUCGACCUAUACGUACUGUUCUUAUCCGCGCCGCCAAACGAUGCAGAGAAUACCCUUCCUAGUUUGACAAUGACUAUGAAUGAUGAGGUACAGUGGAGAUGUGCAGGGUAUAUCCAGGCAGAGGUAGAGCGUUACGCAGACGCUGUGAAUCAUAGUCACAAUGAGGACAGUAACACUGAGGAUGAUCAGACCGAUGACAGCCAGAGUGAAGGAGAUGCGGAAGGGCAGUCAAAGAAGAACAAGAAAGCGACUAAGAAGACUGACUCUAGAGAAAACGAUAGCGAAGUCGAUUUCGCUUCACGCCCUCUCCUCGAGCAAGAGUAUGUAUUCAUCGACGUCAUCUCCACUUUUCUCCGUGCGAUGCGCACUGGUGUCAUUCAGGUCCGGCACGGAGCUGUUCUUCUCGCACAUUAUGGAAGACUUGGACCGGCCUUCGAUUCUUGCGCAAAAUUAGUAAUAGAAAUCUUGAAAGACGAGGGGCUAUUGGGGGAGCAUGGUCAGUUGAUUGUGCUUGUGGUUACGCAAGCUAUGAGGGAGGCCUUCAAUGUCCACAGACAUUCGAAAACUAACGAUGAUACCAAAUUUGCUGCCUUGGGCAAGCUGCUAUCGUCCUGCUUCAUUCUUCGAGGCGGCCAACUGACCAUCCUCCGUCGGCUCGAUGUGCAACUACUUGUGGAAAUCCACACCAGUCUUCUUAGUUGGAUUAUUAAACAAAUUGGAGCUCGCCCUAGCUCCAACAGCAAAGACCUAAAAUCUUUGCUAUCAUUUUUCCAAGGUCUUGUUCCUCUGGUUUCCGCAGUGCAAAACCGGGACGCAUUGAGAAUCAAGGCUCAUCUAGAUCAAGCUUGGGUGCAAGCCAAAGUAGAACCUGGGGCUACCAAGAUUUGGGAACCCUUACGAGCUUAUGAGAAGCGCCUGGGUACAGCUAUGGGGAAAGAUAAACCUUCAGUACGUAAAGCUCGCUCGGGGAAGAAGAAGAAGGAUGUGGGUCUAUCUACAGAUGGAGAGGAAACUGAAGUGGAAAAGCUGGUCGAUGAAGAACAUCCAUUAUCGGAUAAUGAGGUCCCCCUUGAACAACCACCUCGUCCUCGUCCUCGGCCCCGCCGUGCCACUAAAAAGCGGGCCCCUGAACCUGCCGGUUCUGAUUCAGACCCGGAACCCACAUCUACCCACCUACAUCCAAAGGCUGUGCACAAUCCCAGUGCUGCUGCAUCCGACUCUCCCAAUGUUGGGAGUCCUGUUACCAUUGGCAAAAGGCCUAGAGCGGAUACCGAUGAAGAAACCCAAGACAACGAAACUACUCCCCGACCUUCUCACAAACGCAGUAGGCGAGAAGGCCAGAUCGAGGAAUCAGAAUUACAGGAACGAGAUGAAGAAGUCGAAGAGCAAUCUCCAAUCCCAAAUGGGAAUGUCUUCGAUACCCUUGGUGUCGCCGACCUCCUUCCAGUUCAAUCCUCAUUAUCUGGAGAAACUGGACACGAUACUCUAGUACCAAAACGCAAAAAACGUAUACGUCACUGAGAAUGAUGCCCUAAUUCAACAAAUACCCCUCCUUCCUUGUCAUGGACCUGCUUGCUACAUUUACUUAUUCCGUAUUUCUUCCCUAUCCAAGUUCCUAAUUGCUUUCUCCUUGCUUUCAUUUGUAUGUGAAACGGAUACCGGCAUAUGCAUAAGUGUACUCCGAGGUUGAUGUACUACUAAAUUUCCUUAUAUGAUAAUAGAGU